CCGACCAAAAAGAGGCCUUUUCCAACAGACAACGGCCAUUAGGCCAGAGGAACACUUCGUUGAUUCGUUCAUGGCUUCUUCUCUUCUUUCGCGCUUGUCCCUCUCCCACACCCUUUACUUUGCUUCUGCAAAACCAAAACCCAAUUCCAUUGUCCUCCAUCGCCAUACGCUCCUCCCGCGCACCAGAACACUAAAUUUCUUUGCCAAUUCUUCAUCCCCACAUGAUGCCGAAACAUCUACUAAUAAAGAUUCUUGUUCUGCUCCUACUUCUUCCGAGAAAAGAUCCCUCGCUGUGGCCACCGGCGAGCUUUUCAUAGGCCUGGCGUCGCGGCUGUUUAUGAGACGGCGAAGAAGUCCCUUCGGAGAUUCGGGUUCCGUGGCGAUGUUUGAGAAUUCAACAGAGAAAAGGAAACUUAAUGAAGAGGACAUCGGGGCUGUGAUGGAGGACGAAAUUCAGCCAGAUGUUGUGUGGGAACAGAGGGUUAAAGAUGUGGAAGUCGAGCGAAGCAGGCGCUUGGUAACGAGUCCUGGAUUUAGCUUCUCCGCUGCUGGACUCCUAUUCCCUUACCAUCUAGGGGUUGCCCAAUUUCUCAUCGAAAAUGGUUACAUAAAGGAAAGCACGCCAUUAGCUGGUGCCUCUGCUGGAGCUAUAGUUUGUGUAGCUAUUGCUUCGGGAACAAGUAUGGAAGAAGCCUUGAAAGUCACUAAAAUAUUGGCUGAGGAUUGUCGGAAACAGGGUACUGCAUUUCGACUGGGGGUUGUUCUCCGUGAUGUUCUUGACAAGUCUCUGCCAGAAGAUGCUCAUAUUAGAUGCAAUGGGAGAGUUCGAGUUGCUGUGACACAGCUUCUUUGGAGACCUAGGGGUUUAUUGGUGGAUCAGUUUGACUCCCGGGAAGAUCUUAUCAAUGCAGUUUUUACUUCUUGCUUUGUUCCAGGGUAUCUUGCACCAAGACCAGCAACAAUGUUUAGAAACCGACUAUGCAUGGAUGGUGGUUUGAUGUUGUUUAUGCCACCAACAUCUGCUGAACAAACGGUAUAUAAAAUUUUUCUAGUUGAUUCCCUUGUUCGUGUUUGUGCUUUCCCCGCAAGUCGACUCGGAUUGGGAGGAGUAGGGAUCAUCAGCCCAGACUGUAAUCCUGAAAAUGUGGCUAGUCCUCGACAGCUUUUCAAAUGGGCGCUUGAGCCAGCAGAAGAUGACAUUCUUGACCGGCUUUUUGAACAUGGGGUGAAAGAUGCUUCUGUCUGGGCUAUGGAAAACCCUGCUGAAAAAAUAGUUCAAGAAGAAAAUCCUGAAAUUGGAAACAGUAUUUCAACAUAGCUCACUGGGGAUAACCUUAGUCAUUAUUUGGAGAUUGCGGAUGGAUAAUGAAGGUACACAUCCUUGUCUCCAAUUUUGUCACAUUGAAAUGGCGCACUGGAGCAUAAAAUCAACAAAAACCAUAGGAUAGGAAGAUGAAGUUCAUCACAAUGGAGUGCAUAAUUUUGUUGUUGUUGUUGUAUAUAUUGUAAUCGAAAUUUUGAGCUGGACAAGAAGAGGAAAACAAAACAGUAUUUAAUGCC